AUGGAAAUUUCUUCAAGGCACAGCAGCAGAAGUUCCCACUCAAAGUCCGCACCCAAACAAAGACGAAACGGCUACGAGCCUUCAGAUGGAGAUACUGAUUGGCCAGACAGUCCAUGGCAUGAAAUUCCGACGGUAAAUAAUUAUAACCAUCUCCAGAAUGUCAGAGUUUUAGUUAAAGAUCGACCAAAAGCAUUCGGUAGGAGCUUGACACCUCCAAGUCGUUCGUCAAACCAUGAUUAUGAUUUUAGUUCCGCUGCUACAACUUCAAAAUCUAGCUCAGUUAGAGACAAUCAGCAUAAAUCUCCUUAUAGACCGCAACCGGAUGACACUGAUGUUAUUACUUUGCAAACGAAUACUAGUCCUUUUAUAAGAAAUGAUCUCCAAAAACAUAUAGUAUAUCCUUACAAAACUAAGGGAGAUGAAGCUGAAGAGGAGUUAAGGAAAUCAUCAAGUAGAACUCAGAAUCAUAAAGCGUCUCGCCAACGUCUGAAUUCAGAGGAAAACAGGAGUUCAGUAAAGGCAAAUCGUAGAUCAGUAUCUGCUCCGAAACCACGAGCAAAAGAGAAGGAACAGCGAGUUGAUACAGGUCUGCAGGCAUGGGAAGAAGACAGGACUCCGUCUCCAUUACCAAGAAAGCAUAGGGAAACCGCAAGCGGGAUCAAUGCAAUGAUUGCAAAUGCAAGGAUGUCAAACGGUCCGGCUAAUGUUGGUUUUAAGGUUACAGAAUCGAUUUCACCUGGCGAUAUUUUCUUUUCUCAAACCUUACCAUUGCAAAAUAAUGUUGUAAAGAAAAACUCCGGUCAGGGGAGCAACUCAACUUCUAAACCGAAGGAAGUUUCUAAACGAGAUUCUCUGCCUCGUCAAAGAAGCAAACCAAAUGCUAAUGCAGAUCAGACCACUCGCGGUGUUUCAUCAAAUACUGUGACAUCUCAAAAGAAUGCUGCAACAUUGAGUAGGGUCUCAAGCAGGAGGUCUAGCAGUAAAAGGAGUACACAGAGUAGUAAAAUGAGUGAUGGCAGCGGAACAUUGAGCGAGAGUUUCAGAAAAUUCACAGACAACAUGCAGAUAAGUCAGAAAAAUAUAUGGUUUAGCUGCGGGAGAAAGGGUCCUUGUAGGACGUCAAAAGCACCUGAAAGUUACGAGUUUGAUGAAGCUUCAUUUAUUCAGAAGGCAUUUGUGGUUGAAAACCUCAGACAGUUUUGGGCUGACAAGCAUCAACCUGGUUCUUUGAGUGGCUUCAUUUGUAACAAACAGCAAGCGCAGAAUCUAAAGCAAUUGAUAUCCCACAACACUUGUCCGCAUAUUCUGUUCAAGGGGCCUUCAGGUUCAGGGAAGAAAGCGCUGACAAGGGCUUUACUGUGUGAAAUCUAUGGAGAUCAAGAUCUAAACGAAAAGGGACCAAUGCAGAUAGUUGUUCCAUUAAUCUCCAGCCCUCACCAUGUGGAGCUUUAUCUGAAAUCAGAAACAACAAACGUUAGGUUUGCGUUAAUGACUCUAGUCAAGGAAAUGACCAGUAGUCAUGCAACGACUCCUGAAGUUAGCAACGCAACUUGUUGGGCGGAUUACAAAGUGAUAGUAUUUUAUGAAGUAGAAAAACUAGCAGAGAAUGUUCAGCACAUGAUAAAAUGGAUAAUGGAUUGCUACAUGGAGACAUGCAAGAUCAUUCUUUGCUGUGAAGAUGACGUUGGCAUACUCGAUUCAGUCAAAAGUAGAUGCAAAAUUGUCACAGUUGAUGCUCCCAUCACUCAUGAAAUUAUGGAAGUUCUUAUUCAAACAGGAAGGAAGGAAAGCUUUGAUCUCCCCAUGAGCUUCGCUGCUAAAAUUGCAACCAAAUCAAAGCAGCACAUAAGGAAAGCAGUCAUGGCUCUGGAAGCAUGUAAAGCUCACAACUACCCUUUUGCGGAUGGCCAACCAAUUCCAAUAGGAUGGGAAGACGUGUUAGUGGAACUUUCUGCUGAUAUUCUCUCUGACCCAUCACCACAAAGAUCGUUUUUCAUUCGCGUUGAUUUACAAAAGCUACUAGGUGAAUUUGUUCAUCCCAGAUUGAUUCUCCAGAAACUUGUGGAGCAAUUUCUGAAGAGAGUUGAUGCUAGCCUAAAAAGAGAACUGUAUUAUUGGCAUGCUUACUAUGAUAAGAGACUUCCUGAAGGGACAACCGCCCUGCUAAAACUGGAAGAAUUUGUAGCAAAGUUCAUGAGCAUCUACAGGAAGAGCUUGAGAGGUCGGCUUCCAUACCUUUCACAGUAA